CGAUUUUAGUAUUACGUAAUAUACAUGCGACAGUAUGUUUCUUUCCCCUUCUAAUUCUAAACAUCCGGCGGUUUGCUGUUCGGUUGAUAUCUAGCCAAGUGAUAAGCUACAGAUUAAGGACAGUUGUAUGGUGAUGGAGGAGGAACAACCUCAAGAGGACUGCGCCCAACCUCAGCCCUCCGCGUCCUGCUCCAAGAAGCCAGACAAGCCCCUCUACCAGCCCAAGAAGAAGCAGGACGGCCCCAAAGAUAAGGCUCAAACCCAGGGAGACGGCAAACCAAAGCCCAGGCCUCGCUACACGGACAAGGCCCGAAAGAAUGCCAAGAACAAGAAGGACAAAGGAGGGAAGACGGGAGGAGACGGGAAUGGAGUCCUAAACGGUGAGGCCAAACUGGAGGAGACGGUAGAAGAAGGAGGAGGCAACGCGGGGCCACAGAAUGACGGACAGGCUGCUACAGCCAACCAGGGAGGAGAUGGAGAUGUGGGUUCGCGACUGGAGACGGGGAGCAAGAGUUCUCCGUCUGAGAGAGAAGGGGGACCCCGGGAGGGGAUAGAGGCAGGCCCUCAGGAAGAGGAGGAUGAGGAGAGCUGGGACGCUCUCUUUGAUGACGAAGGAGAGUGUUUGGAACCCCAUGUGCUAGAGGAGCUGGCCAUAAAGCAGGGCAGGAAGAAGCGGCCGGUGCAGGAGGCCAGGUUUGACUACUACAGCUUGGAUCAGGACAGAGAGGGGGAUGAUGACACUGAGCUCACGGAGGAUGAGUUGUCUAACAUCAUAGAAAUCUACGACUUCCCCACAGAGUUUAAGACUGAAGACCUGGUCAAAUCCUUCCAGGCCUACCAGCAGAGAGGCUUUGACAUCCAGUUUGUGGACGAUACACACGCCCUGGCUCUCUUCAACAGCCCCAUAGCAGCUCGGGAGGCUCUGAGGACCAAACACCCGCUGUUGAAGGUCAGGUCUCUGGCUAAAGCCUCCGUCACCACCAGGGCCAAGGCUCGCAGCUGCUCAGACUACCUGCUCCCUACUAAGGAGCGUCCCCAGACCAGUGCAGUGUUGGCCCGCAGGCUGGUGAUGGGGGCGCUGGGCGUCAAGAGUCCCCAGAGCAAAGAGCACCGUGAAGCAGAGAAAAAAAAACUGCAAGAUGCCAGAGAGCAGAAGCGUCUGGCAGCUAAACAGAGAGACGACGCCUGGGAAGGGAAAGCCUGAUGGAGAGGAACCACUUCCCGGCUUCUGCCCUCCAUCCCAUCCUCCCUUCACCGUAGGGACUAGACACACCUCUGUCCCCUCUGCCCUCCAUCCUCCCUCCACCGUAGGGACUAGACACACCUCUGUCCCCUCUGCCCUCCAUCCCAUCCUCCCUCCACUGUAGGGACUAGAUACACCUCUGUCCCCUCUGCCCUCCAUCCCAUCCUCCCUCCACCGUAGGGACUAGACACACCUCUGUCCCCUCUGCCCUCCAUCCUCCCUCCACCGUAGGGACUAGACACACCUCUGUUCCCUCUGCCCUCCAUCCCAUCCUCCCUCCACCGUAGGGACUAGACACACCUCUGUCCCCUCUGCCCUCCAUCCCAUCCUCCCUCCACCGUAGGGACUAGACACACCUCUGUUCCCUCUGCCCUCCAUCCUCCCUCCACCGUAGGGACUAGACACACCUCUGUCCCCUCUGCCCUCCAUCCUCCCUCCACCGUAGGGACUAGACACACCUCUGUCCCCUCUGCCCUCCAUCCCAUCCUCCCUUCACCGUAGGGACUAGACACACCUCUGUCCCCUCUGCCCUCCAUCCCAUCCUCCCUCCACCGUAGGGACUAGACACACCUCUGUUCCCUCUGCCCUCCAUCCUCCCUCCACUGUAGGGACUAGACACACCUCUGUCCCCUCUGCCCUCCAUCCCAUCCUCCCUCCACCGUAGGGACUAGACACACCUCUGUCCCCUCUGCCCUCCAUCCUCCCUCCACCGUAGGGACUAGACACACCUCUGUCCCCUCUGCCCUCCAUCCCAUCCUCCCUUCACCGUAGGGACUAGACACACCUCUGUCCCCUCUGCCCUCCAUCCCAUCCUCCCUCCACCGUAGGGACUAGACACACCUCUGUUCCCUCUGCCCUCCAUCCUCCCUCCACUGUAGGGACUAGACACACCUCUGUCCCCUCUGCCCUCCAUCCCAUCCUCCCUCCACCGUAGGGACUAGACACACCUCUGUCCCCUCUGCCCUCCAUCCUCCCUUCACUGUAGGGACUAGACACACCUCUGUUCCCUCUGCCCUCCAUCCCAUCCUCCCUUCACCGUAGGGACUAGACACACCUCUGUCCCCUCUGCCCUCCAUCCCAUCCUCCCUUCACCGUAGGGACUAGACACACCUCUGUCCCCUCUGCCCUCCAUCCCAUCCUCCCUUCACCGUAGGGACUAGACACACCUCUGUUCCCUCUGCCCUCCAUCCUCCCUCCACUGUAGGGACUAGACACACCUCUGUCCCCUCUGCCCUCCAUCCUCCCUCCACUGUAGGGACUAGACACACCUCUGUCCCCUCUGCCCUCCAUCCUCCCUCCACCGUAGGGACUAGACACACCUCUGUCCCCUCUGCCCUCCAUCCCAUCCUCCCUCCACCGUAGGGACUAGACACACCUCUGUUCCCUCUGCCCUCCAUUCUCCCUCCACUGUAGGGACUAGACACACCUCUGUCCCCUCUGCCCUCCAUCCCAUCCUCCCUUCACCGUAGGGACUAGACACACCUCUGUCCCCUCUGCCCUCCAUCCCAUCCUCCCUUCACCAUAGGGACUAGACUACACAGGGCAGCUGUACUGAAGCCACACUGGACUGAACAGAACUGAACUCAGCCAAAGCCCAGAGUUUGUUGGCAGAACUUUUUCUCUUGAAACCUGGUCAGCUUUAGAUUAAUCAUCACUACUAACAUUGAUAACAGGGUCAUAUGGAGGUUAGGGGUCAUAUGGAGGUUAGGGGUCAUAUGGAGGUUAGGGGUCAUAUGGAGGUUAGGGGUCAUAUGGGAGGCUCCCAUGCAGGGUAACCAGGGUUAUUAUGGAUGAGCGUAUAGUACAGGGAUGCGCUGCGGGGUUUUGCACCCACCCAGCACUAAAACACCUGCUGUGCUGAUUCACCUAAUUCAUGAAGAAUAGUUUUAUUUGUUGUUUUGUUAGUGGUGGGCUGGAACAAAACCCUGCACACAUACAGCACACUGAUGGCCCUGUGUAAGACGUGAUGUUAUCAACAACCACCAGUGGAUGCUAGACAGAACAGUGUGACAGUUAAACAGUAAGGUGGUGUCCCUUCCAGGAGUCGGCUCCAUUUAGAUUCCACUCACAGAACAGUGUGACAGUUAAACAGUAAGGUGGUGUCCCCUCCAGGGGUCAGCUCCAUUUAGAUUCCACUCACAGAACAGUGUGACAGUUAAACAGUAAGGUGGUGUCCCCUCCAGGGGUCAGCUCCAUUUAGAUUCCACUCACAGAACAGUGUGACAGUUAAACAGUAAGGUGGUGUCCCCUCCAGGGGUCAGCUCCAUUUAGAUUCCACUCACAGAACAGUGUGACAGUUAAACAGUAAGGUGGUGUCCCCUCCAGGGGUCAGCUCCAUUUAGAUUCCACUCACAGAACAGUGUGACAGUUAAACAGUAAGGUGGUGUCCCCUCCAGGGGUCAGCUCCAUUUAGAUUCCACUCACAGAACAGUGUGACGGUUAAACAGUAAGGUGGUGUCCCCUCCAGGGGUCAGCUCCAUUUAGAUUCCACUCACAGAACAGUGUGACAGUUAAACAGUAAGGUGGUGUCCCCUCCAGGGGUCAGCUCCAUUUAGAUUCCACUCACAGAACAGUGUGACAGUUAAACAGUAAGGUGGUGUCCCCUCCAGGGGUCAGCUCCAUUUAGAUUCCACUCACAGAACAGUGUGACAGUUAAACAGUAAGGUGGUGUCCCCUCCAGGGGUCAGCUCCAUUUAGAUUCCACUCACAGAACAGUGUGACAGUUAAACAGUAAGGUGGUGUCCCCUCCAGGGGUCAGCUCCAUUUAGAUUCCAGCCAGUUCAGAAACUGAAGCGCGUUCCAAGUCCACAUUCUCCUCAUUGAAAAGCAUUGAGGAGAAUUGGAAUUGGAAUUCCGCUGUACUUCCUGAAUUGACAGGAAUUCAAAUGAAACUGACCCCGACCCUGAUACCCUCAUAUUCUGUUUUUAUUUACUUUUUAUAUUGUUUUAUUACCAGCUGAUGGGGAGGAGCUAAUUAUGACCUAAUUUAUGUUACAUGUAUUAAUCUUAUAAAAAAUAAUCUCAGUCAGGAAGUAUAUCUUGAAUCAUCCUCCCCCAGAUUCUGCUCAUGCUAAAGCACACUGGUUUUAGUUUAGGGAUAGUGUGUCAAGCGUCUGAGUAUGAGAGCUGAUCCAGGAUCAGGGCCCAACCUGUCCACACAAUCUUAUUAAUUGUGUUCUAAAAGGCGAAACUGAUCCUAGAUCAGCACUUCUACCCUGAGACGAUUGAGACAUUGGGGCCCAGCUAUCUUAACGGCUUAAUAAUGAUGAGCGAGGACCGACACACCAAAUAACAUUAUGAUGAAGUCUCAGUUGCUCCCUAACGUUUGUAAAAAUGUUUUUGUAAAAACAAUGUAUUUUCUUUUCCUAUUGUAUUGUUCAGUGAACAGGGUUUGUCACUGUUUUUCUCUUAUUGGUCGUUUAAUAAAUCAUUUUAAAACUCUU